CACACAUAAUUGAUGACCUAAUUGAGGAGCGGGAGGAGGAGAAAAGUUGACUCGUUCCUCCUGCUCGCAUGCAGCUGAGGGCAUUGAUGUGACCGGAGAGGCUUUCAGCCUUGUACUCGCACUUCUUUCCCCCGUCUUUCACCUUCACACACGGAGCACAAAUCCACAUUUUCACCUUUAGUUUAGCGCGGCUGCUUUUCCUUUUCCGUCACUGGUCUUUACCCUCCUUCGGCUAAUUUUUAUUUUUUUUUUUUUUUUGAGGGAAGGAGAACCGUUAUCCCUCUCGAAACACGAAUUUCUCCUAAACGAAACUUUCAGGGGGAAAAAAACAAAGUCUUCACUUCCUCACCGCGGCACUUCGAGUUGAACGACCUUCACCGGACUCUUAGCGCAGCCGCAACUCACCUCGGGCCACUCUCACCCGGCAAGCACUCACUCGGCGCCGCGGCAGCAUCCUCAACAUGAGCCUCAAGACUGAGACUGAGCCGAACAACAAUGUCUCCAUGGAGGAAGAGGUACGAACACUUUUUGUCAGCGGUCUACCAGUUGACAUCAAACCACGGGAACUGUACCUUCUAUUCAGACCAUUUAAGGGUUAUGAAGGGUCACUGAUUAAGUUAACAUCAAAACAGCCUGUUGGGUUUGUAACAUUUGACAGCCGAUCUGGAGCUGAAGCAGCAAAAAAUGCUCUAAAUGGUAUCCGUUUUGACCCCGAAAGCCCUCAGACACUGCGCUUAGAGUUUGCUAAAGCCAACACGAAGAUGGCAAAGAGUAAGCUGAUGGCCACACCGAACCCCACAAAUAUCCACCCUGCUCUAGGAGCACACUUCAUUGCACGGGACCCAUAUGACCUGACGGGAGCAGCACUGAUCCCAGCCUCCCCUGAUGCGUGGACACCUUACCCACUGUACACAACAGAGCUGACCCCCGGCCUCCCUCAUGCAGCUUUCACUUACCCGGCGGCGGCCGCUGCUGCAGCAGCCCUCCACGCCCAGGUGAGGGACCAACCGAUGCGCUGGUACCCUACUCCUUCUGAGACUUCCCAGCCUGGAUGGAAAUCCCGGCAGUUUUGUUAGAUAUUUAGUGCCUGGAAACCACACCUUUGUUCAGUUGAAGUGAGGUUUGCCAAGCUCAUUAAUUUAAGGAGGUUUAUUUAAUGGACAGAUGUGCAUUAGAAACAGUAUUUAUAUUUCCAAUUUCUGUUGGGGCAGUCAGAGUAGAAAAACCAUCUUGCUGUUGACAAUCUUCACGUGCCCCUUUUUGUGGUACAGCUUAACACUUACUAUAGAAGCGUUCGCAAGCUAGUCAAAGCUCCACGGAUGAUGGUUGCUGCGGAAAAUUAACACCUUGAAGAUAGUCCCUUUGUGGCUUACCACUGGCCUCAGAUGGGUUAGAAGUGUCAAAUCAUUGCAUGUUCAAGUCUUUUUGGCAUGAAUUUAUAAGAAUUCUUUGUAUCCUAAUUUUCUUUUGUGUUUGUGUUGCCUCGUUACAUUAGUCUGGACAGCAAAAUGUUUUGGUUUCCUGUAGCUCUUUGGUCUUACCUCUGACAAAGUUCUGCUGUUGUUCAUUUGCUUAUCUCGCAUGAACCUUGUGACGGCAUCCCCAUGAUCAUAUUGGUGUCAUUUGACCAGAAUAAAGUACAAGUAUUUUUGUACUUUUUGUGUAAUGUGUAUAUUUAUGCAUUUUUGUGAAACUAAAUGAACAUGUAUAGGUUGAAUGUUUAGUCGUCUCUUGGUUUUGGUGUUAGUUUUAUUUUCCUAUAAUCCUGUUAAAAUAGUUUUAGAGGAAAGUGCAAUUUGUUUCUAUGGGGAAGGGGGUGUCUGUCCAAAAAUCAAAAGUAUUCUGAACAGGGCGGGUGCCAGUCUGCUAAAAGAAUGCUGUGAAACGAUCUAUCAGAAUGUGAAACUCGACUGCAAACUUUUUGGGGGGCCAUUUUGAAAUGACUAUUGGAGGGAAGGAAUUUUGUUUGUGGCUUAGAAACAUGUUUGUCUCUGUAUCUGCUGUGCAUAAGAUGUAAAGAAUAAAAAGUGAAUGAAU